GCUAUAGUUGGCGAGGCUGUCAUGCAACACAUAAUUGUACCAUACAGUCAAAGAAAUAUUGGAACAGUUUGCGCGCCAAUCAAACAUUCGUCAUUACCAUCUUCUCAAUCUAUUGUGAAGCAAUAGAUUAAUGCUUCGCGUUAUUCGUCCCGCUGUCUCACGGCGCUAUCUAUCAACAAUCAUGGCAUCCAAUACUCCAUAUGAAGAUAUCAUACGCACUCGGCUGACAGAAGAGUUGAAACCUACCCGUCUUGAAAUAUUCAAUGAUUCAUCCAAACACUCACAUCACCAAGCUAUGGCUGGCUCAACGUCUCACGAGACCCAUUUUCGAGUCGAGAUCGUAUCGGAAGCGUUCACCAAAAAGAUGCAACCUGCAAGACAUAGAAUGGUGUAUGCCUUACUGAAAGAGGAAAUGGCAAAAGAAGGUGGCAUUCACGCUUUACAGCUGAAGACGAGGACACCCGAUGAAGAAGAACGGCAGAAGGCAAAGGAGGAGGAAGAGGACAAGGGAGCGGUUGUUGCUGAGGCAAGUGGACCUUAGUAGAGAGAUUUGAUGUUUUAUCUGGUGAUCGAGAUGCUUCCUUCGAGACAUCAUUACAAAAUAGCAGAUUGGGAGGUCAAAGGAAACAGCUGUGAAGCUGUGUGUUUAUGCUAUUGCUUGGUUGUGGAGUUAAAGGCAGAUGUGAACAUACAGAGCGAACACAUUGAGCGAAAGAUUGCAGCGUUUCAUCUCAUGAAAAUCUAAGCAUACACAUUACCUAGACCAUUUCAGUCGGCUCCUCGAUGUCUAAAUUCUCGCUUUGGUCAAAGUUAUUUGCGCUCAAAAACGAACAUAGAUUUUCCAAGAUAAAUAGUCUAAGGUGAACGCUUUCUAUAUUUGCUUCAUCGCUGCUCAACUGUAAACCAAGACCAAAGGGACAGGUGCUUGAUUGAAUCAAACAGGCAAGUCAACUGUCAAAACACCCAGCUGUGCCGCUAAUGCGAGAAGUGGAUUUACCACAGCUUCGACAUCUCCGGUUUUGAUCGGAAUUCUAUGAUUGCCAUCCCAUUCAAUCACUUGCGCACCGCCUUUCUCGCACCAAAUUUUGAGCAAUUCUUGGUGUAAUUCCAAUCCCGGGUCUUUGGAGCCAUGAACAUGAAUAGUUGGCAAAGUCAAAACGUCAUUCUCAUCCACCGGUCCCCAUCUAUCCUGGUCUCUCUCCAAACUUAUCAAUGGUGGUCUUCCCGCCAUCAAAACCGCAAAUCUCCAGUUAUGACCCUCCAAGUCCCUCCCUCCUUCUUCUCUGAUCUGCCUCCUCAACAACAAGCUCCCAGCUAUCUUCGCCCCCUGACUAAAUCCCAACAAUCCUACCCAGUCCCCGGUAGCUCCUUUAGCAUCAUCCUCUCUCAUCGCUUUCUCAAUACUCUCUUCGAUAGCAAUCACCUCAUCACGUGUAUCUAUUACUUCAUGUUCUGGUAACCAGCCCAGCCAGCGUUUAAAAGGUCCACAAUCCCCAUAGACACUUGUAACAUCAGGCCCGGCACCGGAUUCAAAAGGUGCUUCGGCAAAUAUGAGACGGAAAUAAGGUUUCAAAUGCAAAGAGAGGACGCGACAUUGCAUGGUGAAGAUUCGAGCGUUUGUUCCCCCGCCGUGGAGACAGAGUAGCCGGGGUAGCUCAAGUGUGGGGUCGUGGUGUGUAGCCAUUAUUGCGUGCGGAUAGCGGAGUUUAUGGUUUGGGAGAUCUAUGAGUAUUGUGGAGAAUUUGGGAUAAGAUAUGAUUCCUGGAUGAGAACGAGAUAUAAAUGUGCAAGUUGUUGGGCUGAUGACAGGUAAGAUCAAGGUAUGCUAAAUUUAGAACAGGUAGCCUUUUGUGCUACGUUCCUAUUGGGCUUUGACAAUCAGUCGAUCGCAUUUCAGAAAUAUAUGGAAAUUGAAGCUGAUCCUUAAAAUCCCAUCAACGAUGAAUGCAUACGAACAAGUUCAAUACACCCGGAAAAGUCGUCAGGAUUAUGUUACGGAUGUCCGUUUCAAUAGAAUUGAGGGGUUCGA